AUGCGGGAGCACAGAUCUCCCUCCCGCUCAGCCAUGUCCUCAUUGGGAAAAGCCGCUGCUGACGCCUCCUCCUGCCUCUCCUCCCAGUGCUUUGACCCCCUGACCAAGUCCUGCGUCAAGUGCUCCGACUUGUUCAAGGACAACAAUGCAAAUCCUGCUCACCCAACACCCACCUCUGCCCUGGAGCCCACCUCCCCGUCGGUGGACCUGCCCAGCACCCUCCUGAUCUUCUGGGUCCCAGCGGUGGUGGGGCUCAUCCUUGCUCUGGCCACUCUCUGGGGCUUCCUGACCUGCAAGGUGGGAAAGCGGAGGAGGAAGAGAAAGGCAGCGGACGAGGAGGCCGAAGCAAACGUGGAUGCUGCUUGCCCCCUGCCCAGCCCAGGCUGCCAGGACCCUACUGUGCCAGAGGGAGACGCUGCCGUGUCCCCAGCCCCAUGCCCACAUCUCAAUGGAGGCCUGAAGAUGCCGGGACCACCUGGGAAAGCUGGGUUGAAGCAGAGCCCAUGCUGCCGGGGAGAUGCCGACC